CGGCGUUGAGCGCAUAUAGGUAGUCGUGAGAAGAGCCAGUCAGUGACGGGUUGUGUCUUUGGUGGCGUGGUGAACGAUUGAGUCGAGCCGCUUGUGUUAAAAAAUGAGCUGGCAAGAUUACGUUGACAAGCAGCUGCUCGCAUCUAGGUGUGUUACCAAAGCAGCGAUUGCGGGACACGAUGGCAAUCUUUGGGCAAAGUCUGAGGGCUUUGAAGUAAGUAAAGAGGAGUUGACAAAAUUGGUCCAGGGAUUCGACGAGCAGGAUAUUCUAACGUCGUCGGGCGUCACCUUGGCCGGCAACAGGUACAUUUAUCUGUCAGGUACGGAUCGAGUGAUAAGGGCAAAGCUUGGUAAAGUUGGCGUCCACUGCAUGAAGACGACGCAAGCGGUAGUUGUCUCACUGUACGAAGAUCCUAUACAACCACAACAAGCCGCAUCGGUCGUUGAAAAACUCGGGGACUACCUUGUGUCCUGCGGCUAUUAGGUUGGUAUAUACGCACUAACCUCUGGGACCCAACAUAAAUAUCUAAUAUUAAUAUUAAACGAUACGAUCGAUUAUUUUAAUGAACAGCGAGUGGAAUGCGUCAUGCCGCGCCGGAACUGCCGCAAGCUUGCCGCGCGACAUUCGAUGAAAAGCAACAACUACAUCAGCAACAACACUAGCAACACAGCUAUCAUAUUCCAGUCGUCGUUCUCUCCUCUUCGAUUCGGCCGAUCAACGUUCGGGGAACAGACGCAUGCGCUCACGUGCGCGCAAUAACUUCCGAAAAAAGGCUUUUUAGGCAUUUAUUUGGAAAAUGAUCGCGCAAAUUGUAAUCGACGAAGUGCGGUCUUUUCUUUGUUUUUCGGUUCGGUUCGACGUAGCACCUGUGUUUUGAAUUUUUAUAUCCGUUUGUGUAUUCACGAUCGAGAUAAUGUGUCGGUACUAUAACGACAGAAAUUUCAGAAGCUCCGGGAAAAGAAAAAAGAAAACAACAAACACGCUUUUUUACAAUUGAAUAAUAAAACAAAAAAUUAUGAACCGCAAAUACCAUGCUGUUUUACAUUUAUACGCACCAUAACAAAAGAAUUCUCACCUGAGAAGUGAUAAUGAUAUAGUGAAUCGGGGAUGAAUCAAACUAGGAGAAAAAAAAGCAUCCUUCAUUUGCGAACGAUCGGAUCGAUCGAUUUGUCGACGGAGAGAAAAAAUACACAAGAAGCAUGCAUUAAGUAUAAGAAAUACUGAUAAUAAAUAAUAGUAAACUAUUGCGUGUUAGGUUUACAGUCUUUUGUAGAGAAUGUUAGAGACAGAGAGAAAGAGAGUGUGCGAUAGAGGAGAAGAAUGAAAGACAAAGAAAGCGAGUGAGCGAGCGAGCGAGCGAGCGCGAGAGAGAACGCUAGAGAAAGAUGGAUGGAGUGGAAGAAGAAGUAAAGGUGAAGAAAGGGCGUGAAAGAGAAAAUGAAUAAUCAAGAAGCAACUAACGAGUUAGAGAGAGCAAGUGUGCAAGUAAGAAUAACGAGGGAAAUGGGGGAGAAUGCGAAUGAAAAGAUUGGUUUCAAGGAUUGAAGAGCAAGAGAAAAACAGGAAAAAGAGAGAAUCUGGAAGCGCAAUAGAAGUACAACACCGAUGAUUAGAUAAAAAAAAAAAAAAAAAAAAACAGAAACACAAGGAUGAAAAAAUAACAGCGACUACAGUUGAUGAGAGACAGUUGACAGUUGACGGUGACGGUGACGGUGACGGUGACGGUGACGGUGACGGUGACGAUGACGAUGACGAUGACGUUGCGGACGAUGCAGGCAAACGUGCGGCAGAGGAUGAAAGGCAUGGAUUGAUUGUAAUCCUGGCCAGCCCCUUCCUCCCCUCUACCCUGAUCGAUACAACCUUUUUAACUAUUUACUCUCUUUAAUAUUGCUAUGUGUAAGAAAACUACAACAAAUCGAGGGAUGUGUCAUUUAUUGAUAAGAGAAAGAAAUAGAGAAUGGAACGGGUGGUGAGAAUUUGGAGGAGAGAGAGAGAGAGAGAGAGAGAGAGAGAGAGAGAGAGUCGCAAGGUGUACACCAAGAUAAUAUAAAUAUAUAAAUAUGAACGCGCGUGGCAUGCAUACAUAACAGAAACACGAUCGCGAAAGUUGAAAGAUGGAACUGUACACGGAACAGGAACAUCAGUCGAUUUAUCAAAUUUUUACAUUUUCAUUUACUUUCCCGCAUCUCUUUCUUUUCUUCCAUACGAUCAGUGUUUCUAUAUAAUGAUAUAAACGAAUUAUCAAAGAUAAUCUUAAGUUCAAUAUAUAGAUCUACUGAAAUAUUUAAAUAUCAAAAUACAGAUUUGAAUUUAGAUUAAACAAAUUCGGAGAAGCGACGAAUAUUUCCUUGGCCGUGUAAACGUUUCUCGUUCGAUUAGCGCAGAUCUUGUAUAACUGAGAGGGACACCCCCGCAGUCGUACACAAACGCACACACACAUACAUACACAUUUAAUACACGAUACCGCUAUCAUUUAUUAUUACUGUAAUAUUACUGCUACUAUUAUUACUAUAACUGGUUGCUUGUCGAUUCGGCUGGCGUCAAGCAGCAAUCCAAACUACUAUGUAACGAUUUUUAUUGAUAACAAAAUAAGGAAUAAACAUUGAAGUAAUAAUUGUAAUAAAAAGGUAACUCCCA